CAUAGGAGCCUUCUACUGGUUGGACCGGGCUGUUCCUCCUGCCCAUGCGCCAAGCGACCACGGAGGCAAGCUGCUGACGUGGGUGACAGCAGCAGAGGUGGCAGCACGGGAGCUGCAGCAGCUGUCGCAGUCGCACGGGGUGGCCGUGGUUGCCGCCCGCACCGCCAUCUUUGGUGCUCGCUCCCUGCCCCCUGCUGCUGCUGCUGCUGCUGCUGCCACUGCUACUGCAGCACGUGACCCAUCCAAUGUGCCAGGCGAGGCUGCUGCCCCCGUGGUGCCAGUGCAUGUGCCCCCACGCGAGUACAUGCCUGCUGCAUGGCAGGCCAUUGUCUCACACCGCCUCUCCCUUGCGGGCCCAUUUUCGCCCUCUGACCCUCUCCAACCUUCGCAGUCCCAGUGUGCUCCCACGCAACAUGCGCCACCACAGCUCUUCUCUGCGUGCUGGAUGUGCCCAUCGCAAGCAGCACAUGCACACCUGCCCGCGCAUGCCCGCCAGGGGAGCAGAGUGACUGUGUGCGCCCACAGAGAGCAUGCUGCACCAGACAUGACGCCCACACACCCUGCCUGCACGCUCUUCCUCAUCACUCAG